AGGACCCGCAAUCCCCUGAUAGACCUGGGGGAAAGUUGGAGAAGCGGAGUUUUUAAGGAUCAUAUCAACACCAGGGUUCCAUACCUUCUCCACAGCUCGGGAUAUUCUUAACCAUGAAGCAUGUUAUAAGUCUGCUGCUAUGCCGAGCUCAAAAUGGAUGUAACGCUCGUGCUUCAAAGUUGGUGGCAUGGCACUGCAUCCGAGAUGCGAGGAUAGGCUCCCCUAAAUCUAUGCUUACCAGCUUUAGUGGACUUCAGUAAGGGUCGCAGAACGUUCAACACGAUGUUGUUCUCGGGUCUCCUUACUAUCUUAUGUUACUUGUUGCCAUAUGGGCAAGGGUUAAAUAUACCAUCACGCGAUGUAGGCUCUGGGGUUGGGCCUAGAGGCCCCUUAGAGGGACUGGUUACGUGGGAUAAGUACUCUAUGAUAAUUCGAGGAGAACGGUUGUUCAUAUUCUCAGGAGAGUUCCACCCCUGGCGCCUGCCGAGCCCAGGUUUGUGGUUGGACAUCUUUCAGAAGAUCAAAGCCCUAGGUUUCAACGCGGUAUCGUUUUAUACCUAUUGGGGUCUUGUGGAAGGCUCACAGGGACAAGUACGUUUUGACGGAGUGUUUGCACUUGACGAAUUCUUCAAAGCUGCCGCAGAAGCAGGCAUCUAUCUGAUCGCCCGACCCGGCCCGUAUAUCAACGCCGAAACGGCCUUGGGAGGCUUCCCGGGUUGGACGGCGCGGAUCAAAGCCCCUCUUCGGGGGAGUGACCCGGAAUUUGUUAACUCAACCGAACUCUACGCCGAAGCUGUGGGCAAGUUGAUUGCUGAUGCUCAAAUUAUAAAUGGCGGCCCGGUUGUGAUGUUGCAGUCCGAGAACGAAUACGACACAUGGCCAGAUGUCAACAAUACCGAUUUUCCAGCUCAGACAAACAGCGACUACAUGGAACAUGUCAAGCAGCAAUUCAAGAAAGCCGGAAAUGUGGUCCCGCAGAUGGUCAACGACCAUCUUUAUCAAGGGAAUUGGGCGCCAGGUAGUGGGAUGGGCGAAAUAGACCUGUAUGGUAUAGACGCAUAUCCUCUUCGAUAUGACUGCGCACAUCCUGACGUCUGGCCCAAGAUUCGAUGGCCGGAGAACUGGCAGACUAUGCACCAAAAAUAUAGCCCCAAUACUCCCUUCUUCAUAGCCGAAUUUCAAGGGGGUUCUGGAACUGGCUUUGGGAGCGUUAGUGCAGAUGCAUGCAACGCGCUCAUCAACCAGGAAGCAGUCCGUGUCUUGUGGAAGAACAACUACAGCUUUGCCAUCAAGAUCUUUAACGUGUACAUGACGUAUGGAGGAACGAACUGGGGUAACUUGGGGUAUAGAGGCGGCGAUAGUUCGUACGACUAUGGUGCGGCCAUCAAGGAGAAUCGUCACAUAUGGCGGGAGAAAUAUUCAGAGGAGAAGCUGGAAGCCAAUUUCUUCAAAGUGUCCCCUGCAUACUUGACUGCGGUACCAGGGAAUGCGUCAAAUGGAUCCUACGUCUCGACUGAGGAGAUCGCCACUACGCCAUUAUUCGGAACUGACUCCACCACCAACUUUUACAUCAUUCGCCAUGCCGAUUGGACGUCCACAAACACGGCAACCUAUAAGCUCAUCGUGCCGACAAGCGCCGGCAACAUAUCGAUACCCCAACUUGGCGGGGAGCUAGUGUUGACCAGAAGGGAUUCAAAGAUCCAUUUGACCGACUACGACGUCGGUGGAAUAAACUUGAUUUACUGCACCGCGGAGAUAUUCACAUGGGCCCAAGACGGGCUAGGCAAGAGAACACUGAUCCUUUACGGCGGAGCUGGGGAAACCCAUGAAUUCGCUAUUGGUCUAACAAACUUGGCUACAAGAUCUGCCCAGACGAGUCCCAACGAUACCACCGUGAAGACCAAAUUGUUGGAUUCGAAUACGCUAGUGGUCCAAUGGGAAGUUUCUGUAGAAAGAAAGAUCCUGAGACUUGGAGACGAACUGGAGGUUCUCUUGUUGUGGCGCAAUGACGCUUACACCUAUUGGGUCACGGAACUACCAGCAGAAGCCCCAAUCGCGAAUUAUUCUUCUCCGUCUAAAUCCACCGUCGUCGUGAAGGGUCCUUAUCUGAUCCGUACGGCAGUCCUCGAUGGGGAAGUACUUCGUCUUACUGGAGAUAUUAACGGCACGACCGACAUCGAGUUAAUCCACGAACCUUCUGGUAAAGUGAAAGCUUUGUCGUUUAACAACAGAGAUCUUGGCGCGAAGCAUAACGGAGACGGAAAACUUGCCGCGCAAUUGGAAUUCCAAGCUCCCAAUGUUACUCUACCCGACUUGAUUUCCUUGGAGUGGAAAUAUAUCGAUUCCCUUCCUGAGAUCCAGGCCUCCUACGACGAUUCGAAAUGGGUCAAAUGCGAUAAUCCGUCGACUAAUAACCCUCAACCCCUACUUACCCCGACAUCCCUUUAUGCGAGCGACUAUGGCUUUCAUAGCGGUUCACUUAUAUAUCGUGGCCAUUUCACGGCCAGGGGAGACGAGUCGAGUUUACUCCUCAACCUAACAGGUGGGAACGACUUUGGCUACUCACUAUGGCUUAAUGAUGAGUUCGUUACAUCAUGGGACGGAGCAGACGGUGGAUCCACACACAACGACACCAUCUCACUAACAUCCCACUCUCUCGAGGCCGGCACGUCCUACGUCUUCACGGUAUUGAUCGACCACAUGGGACAGGAUGAAGAAGCGCCUGGGACGGACGCUAUUAAGGCACCGAUGGGAAUUAUCAACUUCGACUUGGACGGACACGAGAAGUCGGAUGUGACGUGGAAGAUGACGGGAAACCUCGGCGGCGAAUCGUACUAUGACCUCGCGCGGGGCCCUCGUAACGAAGGCGGCAUGUUCGCUGAAAGACAAGGAUACCAUCAACCAGAGCCACCGAGCGAGGACUGGCAAUCUUCGAACCCCGUCACAGAGGGCAUACGUUCGGCAGGUGUCGGGUUCUUCACGACGACUUUCUCGCUCGAUGUGCCCGCAGGCUACGAUGUGCCGCUAAGUUUCGUAUUCGCCAACUCUUCCGCCGGCGCCGGCCGUCAUCGAUGCCAGCUCUUCGUCAACGGUUGGCAGUUCGGAAAAUACGUGGCUAACCUAGGGCCCCAGACCGUGUUCCCGGUGCCGGAAGGUGUGCUCAACCACAACGGUGUGAAUACCGUGGCGCUUACGCUGUGGUCGCUCGACGAGGCUGGUGCUAGGCUUGAUAGCUUUGCGCUCGAGGCUGAGAUGCCAUUGUGGUCUGGGUACAGGAAGCCGUGGCUGGCCCCCCAGCCGGCGUGGCAGGAACGCCAAGGGGCGUAUUAGAGCACAUGGCAUGGGUAUAUCUGUACUUCGUGAAUCGCACUUUGUUGUGGGUAUUAGACUUGGGUUCAUCGGAUGAUCGAUUCGGUGUGAGAUGCAGCUAGAACACCUCGGAAUGGUAUUGUAAGCAAAUAAUAGACCACGUUGCUGCUCUCGAGCCGGACGCCUUACGAUCGCCUCGCCGUUGCCUCGUCGCUUGUCUCUUAAGAAGUGACUUGUCGUAUCCGUGAAUAGAUACCGGCUCUAUUCAACCCUGCUGAUAUGUACCUAUCUUCGUAGCACAAUGCUGCCCAACGUUCAAGGGCCAAAAGCCUAAAGGAGCCAUUUUUGAUCGACCGUGAAUUUUGGUUAAGCAGCACCGAGUACCUACCUUGCACACUGCCACAUCACCUCCCCUGAACAAGUGAUGUUAUGGUUUCGCCAACCCACUUUUCGGCUUGCUUGAUCCCUCCGGGGUUUCCAAUUUCGACCCUCAAAUGUACCCUUACACAAUAGCUACCUACGCAGGCAAGUGGUAGGCGUUCGUGGUUAGUUAUUGUAAGCCCAACACCAU